AUGUCUACCAUGGGAAUCCGAAUCCCAGCCAGAAGACCAACAUGGGACGACGAUGAUUCCUUUGAAUCCCUCCUCCAGAGGCACCAGCGCUGCGAUGCCAGGAGGUGCCUUUACCCUGGAGGCAGACAGCAGGCAGACAGAAGGGGGCCCUGGCAGCUGAUCCUGUGCAGCUCCUGCGCUGCUGAGGGCACUCACCGACAGUGCUCCCGCUUGAGCAACACAACAGCCAUGUGGGAGUGCGACAGCUGUGCUGGCCUGGGUACCGCCGCCAGCACCAUCCCGGAGCGUGCUGGGCCCAGCACUGCCAGCCAGGAGGGCCUGCAACCAUCCCACGGCCCCCAGGAACCAGAGGACAGCAGGUCCGGUCCCACCAGCCAGGCAGCAUCGGGGCCAUCACACAGCUCCCAGCCGCCAGAGCUCAGCAGUCAGACCAGUGAGCUGGGGACCGAACAGGGGACGAUCCACCCACAUUCUCCUGACCAUCAGGAUGCAUCUGAGCUGCACCGAGCACACCGUGGCAGCAGACGCACGGCAGCCCCAAGAGCUGAAAGCAGCUCACGGCCAGCCACCAGACGGGGCUCAUCGCGAUCCUCCAGAGCAGCCACAGUGGCUGCACGCAGAAGGCGUUCCAGGCAGCGGGGAACAAGCCGGACACGAAGCCGCUCCCCGCUGCAAGGUCGGGCCGCAGGUUCCCAGAGCCGGACCAGAAGGCCUCAGGGCAGCAGGCGAACACCACCUCCAGCUGCUCAGGACAGUGCCCAGAACACCACCAGGCCGGUGACACGGAGGUCCUUGAGUGCUCCCCUGUAUUCACACCCUGGGGAACGGCCUGGGCAGCCAGGGGAGGCCCGCAUGUGAAACCGUUCCUCAGUGGCACAUCGAGUCCCAGGUGUCCACAGCCGGCCCUGAGGAAGCUGCAGGAGACAAUGCCAACAGCGGGGGCUAUUCCAGGCAUGAAGUGACUGCCGGGUCCAACAUCAAAGCCAGCAUUUCCCCUCCAGUCAGCAGUUUCAGCAGCAGGGGCUAUCCCAGGCAUGAAGUUACCGCUCCUGGGGACAACAUAAAGCCAACAUCCCCCCACGGUCAGCCAGAAAAAUGAUGACGUGGAAAGCCAUUCCAACAGCGAGGGU